UGUAAAAUUACUUAAUUGGGGGCCUUCGGUGGUGCUUGACUGGAUAUUGCUGCCUGGUUCUGAAUGAUGUCAGAACAGGAUUUGGCAGAUGUCGUUCAGAUUGCGGUUGAAGACUUGAAUCCAGAUAACCCAGUUGUUUUGGAAAAUCAUGAAGUGACAGAUGAAGAUGUGGAGCCUGCUCUUAAACGUCAGCGUAUAGAAAUUAAUUGCCAGGAUCCAUCAAUUAAGUCGUUCCUGUAUUCCAUUAACCAGACAAUAUGCCUGCGACUGGACAGCAUCGAGGCCAAGCUGCUGGCCCUAGAGGCGACCUGUAAAUCGUUGGAAGAAAAGCUGGACCUUGUCAUGAACAAACAGCAUAGCCCCAUCCAAGUCCCCAUGGUGGCAGGGUCUCCUCUCGGCGCUACGCAGACGUGCAAUAAAGUACGAUGUGUUGUCCCCCAGACCACAGUAAUACUGAACAACGACCGACAGAAUUCGAUUGUAGCCAAGAUGGUCGGGCAGGAAGAGCCCUUGAGCAGAGCGACGGAUUCCUUGGAAAAUAUCCUUAGCAACGCUGUCCCUGGCCGCAGGCAGAACACCAUCGUGGUGAAAGUGCCAGGGCACGACGACAGUCACAACGAGGACGGCGAGAGCGGCUCCGAGGCCAGCGACUCCAUCUCCAACAGUGGGCAGCUGGGCGGCCAGAGCAUUGGCAACAACGUCACCCUUAUCACUCUGAACUCCGAAG